AUGAUUGAUCCGUCGACCUUGCCGCCCACAUUUCAGGACACAAUCAUAGUAGCGCGAGAGCUGGGCGUAUCCUAUCUGUGGAUUGACAGUCUUUGUAUCAUCCAGGAUGAUAAAGAUGACUGGGCACGGCAUGCUGAGCACAUGGACCAGAUAUACGAGAAUGCGCUGCUCGUUGUCGCAGCCGUGUCCUCUAAUAAUGGCUCCGUCCCCUUCUUGGGUACGGAGGCUCCCUCCACAAGAUCAUACUACCACAGCGUGGGUAUUGGACCUAGAGUGUCAGACGCGUCGGACGGUAGAGAGCCUAUAAGCUGUCUCAGAGCUAGACGACGUGAAGUGCUUCUCUCCCCCACGUGGAUCGAUGGACCACUCGAAUCGCGAGCGUGGGCAUGGCAAGAGCGUCAUUGUGCUGUGCGUAUCCUCAGCUUCACGGACCUAGAAGUCAAGUGGCGUUGUAAGGUCACAGUAGCCUGCGAAUGCCAGUAUGAAGACGCCGCAUAUAAGCAGCGGGACGAACAGAAGGCGACCCUAAAGAAUUGGCACACUUGGAUCGGGGAAUAUUCGACACGAGAUCUCACAUAUGGUACCGACCGGUUACCCGCCAUUGCGAGUGUCGCUUCACGCUUGCACACUGCAUUGGAGUCCAACUACUUGGCUGGACUUUGGGAGGUGGAACUACCAUUCAAUCUCGGCUGGUAUCGCGAGGAAUUCACCGAUGGCCCGAGCAUGAGGGCUCAGAUUAGGCCCGCAAUGGAUAAUGGAGUCCCGUCGUGGUCAUGGGCAUCGAAUGCUAUGCGAUCCAUCAGGGUCUGGUCCUAUUCUUGGUUGCCAGAGUCUAUGGAACCCGGGCCCGAGCCAGUAUUGGAAUCCAAAGUCGAUAUCCUUGAUAUAGACUGCAUUCCAAGCGUCGCUAAUAAGUUCGGAGCAGUGCAGGCUGGAAGCUCCAUCCAGCUACGUGCACAUGUGGUCGAAGCAGUCAUGUACUACGACGACCACGGUCGUGCCAGCGUAUGUAAGGAGGGCUUCAAUGCACAGGUUGUUUUUCCGGAUUGCAGAAUAUCUUCCAACACGGACUCGAGAAAAGCCGGAACACAUGUGAAUCUCCGACGUGAUCCUUCUUCGUUCCUGGGUAAUUUGGACCAUAUUCAAGUGGACAGCGCAACCUACAACAAGAACCAUGAUCCGGGCACGAGACGAUGUGGAACAGUCUACCGUCUAUUGCUAUUUACUGGGACACGUAUGAAUGAAACUGGUGCUUGCAUUCUGGUUUUGGGGCAAAUCGUUGAUGGGGGCGAACUCCGCUAUCAACGAUUGGGUCUCGGCGCCACGUCCAUGGACUGUUGUUCAGGACCGCGGUAUCGCAAGACAUGGAAGUCUUGGCAGGCCUGGGAUGCCCUCGAACAAUGGUCAGAAUGGGAGAAGUGGUUUGCCGAUACGGAGCCGGAGGUGAUCAAAAUCGUGUAA